AUGCGCUUCUCGUUUAUCUCCGGAUCGGUUUGGCUCUUCCUCUGCAAGUACUCACAAGGACAUCCCCAGACUCCUCAGACUCCUUUCCAGCCAAGCACACUUCGCUCCGGGGCCCAGCCAAUGCAUGCCCGAGCGAUACUGAUGAGCCCGAUAGGAGCACCCAUCUACGGUCUCGUCGAGUUCCGCGGUACAAACUUGACAGAUGUUCAAGUUGAAGUCAUAGUAUAUGGACUCGAUAACUUGCUUCCUCACACCGAACAUGCUUAUCACAUCCACACUAAUCCGAUAGGAGCCGAUGGUAAUUGCGAGGCUGCUGGUGGACAUUUGACUCCAAAUGGAAUACCCGACUCUGUGCCGUGUAAUCCGUCGCUUCCACGAGCAUGUCAGGAAGGGGACCUAAGCGGGAAACAUGGACUCUUACCAGGGGGCAAGCGUGUCGUUCAUUUGGCUUACACCGAUAACACCUUAAAUUUCAACGCACCGGAAAAUGGAAUUGUUGGCCGAGGAUUAGUAAUUCAUGACGGCAAAGCCCGCAUCGCCUGUGGAAAUAUUGUCAUGAUGAGGAACUAA